UGUAUGUAAGUGUAGCGGGAACGUAAUAACUUAAUACUGCAUGAGGCCACGGAUUUCUCUAUGUUCAGUUAUGCGAGAACAAUAUUGGCGUGCGCGAAUAAGGCACGGGUUAUCAGCUGGUUAGAUAAAAAUGACCGGGUUGUAUGGCUGCCGGUUAUGGGUAACUAAUAGUUGGAGUUAGUGGUGUAUCAUUACUCGUUCGUUACUUCGAACUUCACAGAUCUUGCCGAUUGUAUUUCAUUAAAAAAUUAUGGAUUCGUCCAGGCGGUGCAGGGAGCAGUGGAGAAGCGGACUCUGAGAGUGCAGCUUCAAAACGACGAAGGAGUAGGACAAAUUUCAACAGUUGGCAACUUGAAGAGCUAGAAAGGGCCUUUAUAGCUAGUCAUUACCCCGAUGUAUUUAUGAGAGAAGCAUUAGCGAUGAGACUGGACUUGAAAGAAAGCAGGGUAGCGGUAUGGUUCCAAAACCGUCGCGCGAAAUGGCGCAAGAAGGAGCACACCAAGAAGGGUCCCGGCCGACCCGCCCACAACGCGCAUCCGCAGUCCUGCAGCGGUGAGCCGAUUCCACCUGCGGAGCUGCGAGCACGGGAACGAGCACGCAGACGCAAAAAACUUCAGAAAGCGCUGGAGAGGCAGGCGAGGAAGCUGCGUGCCAAGGGGAUUGCGGUGGAUCUGGUGGCGCUGAAGAGGGAGUACCUGGCACAGAGGGGAGGAGAUGGCGCAGACAGUGAUAGUGACAUUGAUGUGGUAGGAGAUUCGGGGGCGGAGUCAGAGAACUUCAACGUCAGCGAGCACAGUAUGUACAAUUCCUCGGUGUCUGAGUCAGGCGUAGACCUGACAGCAGAGCCACAAGACGAGAAAAGUAGAAGGCCUAACCCGUUCAGUAUAGAGUCAUUGCUGAACAAUAACACCUGAAAUGUGCCGCGAUCAAGCAAAGAAUCAGUGCAAUAACGUUGUAGUUAUUAGGUUGAGUGAAUAGUGAUUGAAACGUGGAUGAUAUCUCUUUAGAAAUACUUAAUUUGUCUUGCAACUGCCUCUGAAGCAAGUUCUAGAAUGCAAUUUCCGUUUUUACCAAAACAUUAUGUUAAUAGAGUAUUUGACAAGUGAAUAAUUCCUAAAACAAGCUUAAUUAUGAGCAUAAUUUUAGUGAUCUCUUAUUUCAGGAUAUAGGGUGACAAACUUUCGGUUGUACCUACUCUUCCGUAGAAAUCAUAUUUCUAAUCGAUUUUGUUAUGAGAAUACCCACCCAGUAUGUUUGCAUUAGUAGGCUAUUUAACAGUAACAACAUGUCGAUACAUGUUGUCAUGCUACAUGGAUCUGUUGUAUUAACUUUCUUUAAGCGUUGACUGGAUAUUUUUUUUGAAUUGCCACUUUUUAAAGAUCGAGGCACUAUUUGUCUUAGAAUACCCUGAGUUAUCAGAGUUAAAAUUUAGCCAGGUGGUUUUUAACACUGCAUCUGCAACUUUUUAAAUUGUAUCAUGUAAUACGUACGAAAAACAUAUCUCGAUAUCAUCUACGUUCAAUAUAUAGGUACUGUAAUAUUUAUUGUUCCUGUAAAUAUAUAUUUUAAAUAGUCCCCUGUAUAUAGCGCCCUGAACAUUCCAGUUUUUGUUUACCUAAUUUAUUAAUGAACUAUGUUUAAGUAUACAUAGUACAGCAAUACGUCGAACAAGUUCAAAAUCCUUUAGACUAGACUUAUGUACUAUCAGUGGCUGUAUAGUUUGAGUCGAACCACAAAAGAUGAACAAAGUUAUUCGUUGCACCAAGUUUCUACGGGGUACGUUGACUGACUAACGUUAUGAAAACUAUUAUGCGCAUGCAAUCAGACUCUCCUAUUUACUGUUUAGUUUUUAAUAAUAAAUGUUUGAAACUACUCAUUACAGUGUCACCUUUGAGAGCCGAAUGUAUAGUCGUUCCUCGUUGCCUUCUUAUUCUGAGUACGCCUCAGUUGCCUUGACAAUUUGUAGUGGCGGGAGGGCUAUCAAAUAUAUCCCUCAAGAUUUUCCAAAUUUCAGUUUUCAAAGGUUUCGAGAUUUUUUAAAGGCAAUUAGAACGGUUCGGUUCCAAAAAGGCAGCUUCUUCCCUAAAGCAUCUGAUGAGUUGUCAUUUUGAAGUAUCAAGGCUGAUAAUGCAAGAAGGACUUCCGUACAAUAGAGAAGCCUUAAGUAAAUGGACGACUAUUCAUAUGAGAUUAUGGAAGCAGAACACUUUUACGUCUAUGUGGGAAAUACUGAAUUAUAUAUAAAUUGCUUAUUUAACUAUCCAGACAAUAAGACUUAUAAGAAAUCGUUAUAGACACCUUUGCUACCAGUUAUACUAUCGUAUAACGUCAAGACUCUGUAGAAAUUUGAUGUAAAGACAUAACAAUCUAUUGUAAUCAUAGCUUCUCCACUGGGCAAUGAUGCAUUUCAUUUUAGUUAUGAAAUUCGUUAACUGUAUUCCAGAGAAUAAAUAACCUUAUUUGUGUAGUUAUUGCUUAUACCUACAUAUUUAAUAAUUUUCUGUGAUUUACUAUAAUAGUUAUACAACGAAACAGUGACAGUAGUGGAUACUGUUAACGAAUUUCUAUUCAAUAUACAGAAACGUACUCCUUUGAGUGAUCUGCAG